AUGGCCGUGCCUAAAGAGAACGAAGAAAUCCGAUACUUGGACGUGGUAUCCUUGUAUCCAUACAUUUGCAAAUAUGGUCGGUUCCCUAUCAACGAACCCGAGAUCGUCGUUUCACCAGAUCAACAGAACUGGCAACAGUACGAGGGAUUGAUACAAUGUAAAGUCGUACCACCGAGACGACUCUACCACCCCGUUCUGCCUUUCAGAUGGAACAACAAAACCACGUUUCCACUGUGUCGUUCCUGUAUUAUGGAGAAUAUGCAGGAGUCUGAGAUUAGCGAAUACGUGCCUUGUGCCCAUUCCGACGACGAAAGAGCCUUGGUCGGCACCUACGUGUCCCUCGAACUCAAGAAAGCCGCUUCUCUGGGAUAUAAAGUCAUUCAAGUCUUCGAAGUGUGGCAUUGGGCCGAAGAAAAAUGGAGUCAGUACGACACUCAGACCAAAACGGGAGGGUUGUUCACGGGAUACAUUGACCACUACUUAAAAACUAAAAUGGAAAGUAGUGGUUACCCUUCGGAAUGUCGCACUGACCAAGAAAAAGCCCAAUUUAUUGCAGACGUCUACCAAAAAGAAGGCAUUAGUCUCGAUCCUGCUAAAGUGAUCUACAACAACGGAAUGCGAAGUUGCAGUAAGCUAAAGCUCAACAUUUUAUGGGGUAAAUUUGGUCAACGGGACAAUUUCAGUCAAACGGAAUACAUUACCGAACCAGAGAGAUAUUUUGAUCUUCUGACGGAUGUCACGCAAUCCAUUAAAGACGUACAAUUGGUCAACGACAACAUGGUGAUGGUGGAACGAUUGAAAUUGGAAGAACACGUACAGCCUUCUCAAAUCACCAAUGUCGUCAUUGCCGCUUUCGUCACGGCGCAGGCUCGCCUCAAGCUUUAUUCCGUCUUGGAACCUUUGGCAGAGCGUGUCUGCUAUUUCGACACCGAUAGCGUCAUCUACGUGCACCAUCCAGACCAGUGGAAUCCGCCGCGAGGCAACAGCUUAGGGGAAUGGAAAGACGAGUUGGAGGAGAAUGUGACCAUCACCGAAUUCGUCAGCGGUGGAGCCAAAAACUAUGCGUAUAAAUUGUCCAAUGGUCAAACCGUGUGCAAGGUGCGAGGGUUUACGUUGAAUUACCGAGGUUCCAAAGACUUAAAUUUCGACUCGGUGAAAGGUAUGGUUGGUAACGUUCAACAAAAUAUUCCUUUGGUCGUCACCAAUCCUUUCAAGAUUACCAGGACACGUGACCGUCGCCUUUGCACGCGGUCGGAAGACAAACAGUAUAAAGUGAUUUAUACGAAGAGAUUCAUUCACUUCAACGACAAAAAUGAACCAACCAAUACCUACCCUUACGGCUUUUGAAGAAAAAGUGAGAGAAAGGUGGUUGAGGCACAGAGUGGACUAGGAUUAUCUGCCCCAUAUAGAAGACCAACAGAAAGAGCAAUGCAUUGGCUGCCUCUACGACUAAGUUGACGUAUUGGCUACGUUAUAUUG